CAGGCGCGCGCGAGUGUCUGCGCGUGCGUUUGCGCUAGCGUGCGUGCAGUGCCACUCCAGACGAUCGCACUACCGCAGUCCGGACGAGAGACGGUGUACGGUCACUACUGCACACAUUGCUCGCGAGUCGUUCGCCACCGAUCGAAAAUAGACGUUUUUCCGCGUUCACAAACGGCGGUUUUCGUUUUUUUUCUCUCGCACCGCAACGUCGUUCGUCUCCGUCCGCGCGCGAGUCCGUCCGGACCCGAUCAUCGCGCAAACCGGCCCGCGUCCCGUCGUCACCGAGUCGUGUUUCUCUCACCGUUUAUCGCGUUUUUUAUGAGUUGAGACUGCUGAUCGGAACACGGGGUUCCCCCGUACCCCCCCGAGCGGAUUUUUUUCGUUCGUCCAAUCGCGAUAGGCACGACAUAGUAACAUUUCUCAGUGAACGGCCGACGAGGCGCCAGGUCGGCACCGCUAACGACCACCACCACCACCGCCGCCGCCGCAAUCGUCAAGUACCUAGAACGCUCAUCAACGGUCUCGCGAUGUUGGUCGCUAUGACUGCAAUGCUCGUGUCCGUGGCAGAGUUCUCCAACAUACUGUCCGUUUUGGCGGUGCUCAUGUGCUUCUGUGCCAUGUUCCUGCUGAUCAUGAGGAAUAUGACAGUAUUUUGGCUGCACGGCGAAGAACUAAUGUUUGGUGGUAAUGCAGUACAUCCUGUUCAACAAAGAAUACCUCAGAUGAAAAUGAUGAAAGUCCACAUACCGUUUACAUUUAAAUUACAUGAGACAUCUAAUUCUUCUUACUCAGAUCUUCGUUGUACAAUCUCAAGCCAAGUUCCAUACACAUUGCAAGCAUUUUGGGGCGUUUCUAUCCGGGAACUUCACCAUUUCCUGUGGAAAGCAUGGAGCUCAUUUCAGACAGCCGUCAACGACGAUUCAUUGCUCCGUGGACAUUACCAACAUUGCGGAUUAACUUUGCACGAAACAAGCCAUACCGAAAAAACCAUUCAAAUGUUUAUGCCAGAAGGAAAAUUGGAUUUGGGAACACCCCCUCGGCAUUGCUAUCCUUUGGUUAUAUUCCUCAUACGAGAUACUCCUGAAAAUUCUACUUUACAUCCAGACGAAACGGUAGCAUUAGUGAAUGUAGUACAUAUCCGGGAUAACGUUUGCACGUUACCCACCAAUAUUUUGGCGCAGUACCUGAAACAAGCGAACGGACAAUUGUCAUCAUUAAAGCAACUGUAUUUGGCCACCGGCAACGCUCUCAGUUACCAAGACGAUGCUUGCAGCGACGACGCGUCACAGAGGGCUGUCGUUUUGGACAACAGCGGCAGCGGCUUUAUCACUGGUCAGGAACAGCUUUGCGUCGUGUGCCAAUACUACCCACUAUCCAGAGCCUUGUUGCCGUGCCGCCACACGUGCAUAUGCGCAUCGUGCUUCGGCAAGUUGGAGACGUGCCCAAUGUGCCGCAGCCCGAUCAAGAGCUACUUCUGCGUGCGCAACGAAGAUUAUUUGGCCGAUUGCGCUUUGGGUCUGGAGAAAACGGGAACAUCGCCCAAACGGCAAUCGUUUUCCCAGUGGAUUCAAAAUAGUAUUACGGAAUUUCUCGGCCUACAUUAGGUCUCCACCUAGACGCCCACGCCCUCGACAUCCCGUUCACAUCCUCCCCACGCCCCCCCCUCUCACGCCAUCAUCGUCUCCUUAAAUUUUGAAUUUCUCCUCCCACGGUCCGCAUCAUCCUUUUCAUCACUCUUAACUCGAUUCGGUCGUUUACCGUUAACAUACAUUUUUCCAUUUAUACAUACAAACAGAUACUCACAAACACGUCCAUCGAUUUAUAUAACAACUCUUUGACGUAUGCCACGAAUAAGAUGUAGAAUCUUGAGGUACAUCCUACAAUCAAUUCCUACUAUCUAUAUAAUGUAAAUUAAUCUGUAUACAAACAAACAAAAAAAAACAUAAAAAGUAAAAAUAAUAUACUUACCUCAAAAUUAUGUAUGUAUCUGUUUGUGACCUCCACCUCCUGCCCCUUUCGUUUUAUUUUUUAAGAUAUUUUGCACAAAUAUCAUUAUAUUUAUAAUGCUACAUAAAUCGGUCUGGCAAUGAGAUAAUAUAACCAAAGACUUGUUUAUCGCAGUGAUGGUGUGAAAUGUCUAUUAACGAAAAAAAAUGUUGACCUGUUCACGUUUAGCACGGUAUUGGUGGCGUGAAAUAAUAAGCUAUAUUAUAAACGAAAAGAACAUAUUGUGUAGAGACGCUAGUCGAGCAAGUUCUUAAUAUUUCCAGAACCACUAAACGAACGAAUAUAAUAAUGUUCUCUAUUUUAUGAAUUUAUCACAGUUGUUUCUCCCCUCCCCCUAUAUAACAUAUCUUUUGUUAUAGACUUAUUUAUCACAGAAAAGUUCCUUAUACAUAAUAUAUGUUAUACUAUAUAAUAUUCGUAAAUAUUUUAUUCUCUCGAAAAGAACUAUACGUACAACACUUAACUGUUAAAAUUUCAAAAUUGCAUGUACGUAAAUUUAAAAUAUAUGAAAUAACAAUAAUCUUCCAUAGUAUAAUUGUUGACGUGCUAUCGCUCUGCAUUUAUAAACGCUAUUUUUAUUAUCUUCGGAGUAUAUAAUAUAAUUAUAAUGGUGAAUAAUUUAUAUAUUAAAUCAUUAUCAUUAUUAUUAUUAUUAUUAUCAUUAUUAUUAUAUAUUAUUAUUAUCAUUAUUAUUAUUAUUAUUAUUAUUAUUAUUAUUAUCAUUAUUAUUACAUAUUUCUGUGUGCAUAUUGUCCGGUAACUUGCCGCUAUCCUCAAAAGAAAAAUCCUCGGGUUUGAUAUUUUGAAGAGGUUUAGCUAGAAACCGAGCAAUAAAUUUAGUUAUUAUCAUUUUAUACAUUAUUUUCAUUUGUAAUAUUUUUUUUCCUUUUCGUUUUAUAUUAUUCCCUUAAUUCUUGUAUUUAUUGAUUUCUCAUUGAAGUAUUGCAUAUAUGGUCAUAAAGUAUGCGACAUCGAUAAUAUGCCGUUAUAUUAUUUUUAUAUUGUAUUUUUAUGAUUGUAAUAAUAAAAUUAUAUAAAUGUAUAAAAACAUAUAAUUUAUGUAUGACGCAUACCUAUAUAUAAUAUACAAAACACAAAUUCUCAUGUAGUUAAGAGAUGUUGCUCGGUCCAUCGUUUACUGACUUCAAAACAUUAAAACAAAUGUUUGUUAGAACACUGACCAUCAUAUUAUAGAAAUUCCCCAACUUAUAUAAGAAACGCACAUAUUAUAUGAUUAUGAAUGAUACAUUAAAUACUCCUAGUUGUAUUUGUUGAUCUACAAAACUGUAUUGUUUUAAUUUAAUUUUAGUGUUUACCAUUGAGGUGAAUUUAUAUAAAUAGUUUAAGAUGUAUUAACGUUAAGAAAUUUGCAGUGUUUACUCUUAAAACGAAGAGAGUCUGUUAAAAUUUUAUGAUAACUUAGUUAUUACCUAAUUUGUUUAUGGUUAAUAUAUUCACUCGGUUGGGCUAAGAUGGCAAUUUACUAAAGUGUUUUGUCGUGAAACAUCACUAACAUAAUUCUAAUUAUUAUGAUUUUUUUUUUUUUUUGUAUGCCUAUAAAAUUGAAUGUGUGAUUGUGAUUAAAUAAAAAUGAUUCAAAUAACUUUUUUUUCAACCAAG